ACAACAACAAGAAUAAUGAACAAAAAAUUAUCAAGCAUAUGCAAUGCGGUGCAGACUUGCCUGCCGAGCAACAUGCCGGUGCUGCUCCAGCCGUACCGGGAGGAGGAGCUCCAGAUCCUGCGAGGUGACCACCCCAAGCAGAAGCACGACCGUGCCUACCAGGACCACGACCGCGUCUACCGCUACGACCUCUACAACGACCUCGGCGAUCCCGACAACAAGAGCCCCCGCCCCACCCUCAGCGGCCCCGACAGCCCCUACCCUUGCCACGCGCCGCGCCGCACCGGCAGGAAGCCCAUGAAGAGCGAUCCCACGUGCGAGAGCCGCAACGUCGUGCCCGUGCUUCAGCAGUUCUACGUGCCCCGCGACGAGUGCUUCAACCACGUCAAGAAGGCUGACUUCACCUCCUACCUCCUCAAGGCAAUCAGCGCCGGCAUCCUCCCCCUCGCCAGGGAGCUCUUCGACACCGCUGUGUCGCGCGAGUUCGACGACUUCGAGGACAUGUACAAGCUCUACGAGGGCGGGAUCAAGAUCCCCGACGUCCCCGUCAUGGACCUAAUGUUCAAAGUCUUCCCGCCGCUCAAGAGCAUCUGCCCGUCCGGCGGCUCCUACCUCUUGAAGAUGCCCAUGCCGGAGGUCAUCAAGAACGACAAGCUCGCGUGGCGCACGGACGAGGAGUUUGCCCGCGAGAUGCUCGCCGGCCUCAACCCGCACAUCAUCACGCGCCUGCAGGAGUUUCCUCCCAGGAGCAAGCUUGACGGGUACGGCGACCAGACCAGCACCAUCAAGGUGGAGCACAUCCAGCCCUACCUCGGCAAGCUCACCGUCGACAAGGCGAUCACCGACGGCAGGCUCUUCAUCCUGGACCACCACGACAACUUCAUACCUCAGCUGCACAAGAUCAACAGCCUCGAGAACACCUUCGUCUACGCCACCGGGACGCCACGCCUUGAUGAAAUCGGCACCAAAGUGGUCGGCGCCGACAGCAAGGUCUACACGCCCCCCUCCUCUGCAGGCUCCGAGUCGGACAACAAGGUCCAGGACACCAUCUGGCAGCUGGCCAAGGCCUACGCCGCCGUGAACGACUCCACCUGGCACGGGCUCAUCAGCCACUGGCUCCACAUCCUUCAUUUUCCAUGA